CCAGUUAACAGUUGUUUAUAUUGUUGUAUUUUCAUUUUCCAAGUUUAUUUUAAAACACAUGUGAAUUUGAUGCCAAUACGCAUAAUAUAUACAAAAUCGAAACUCAACUACAUUUCUAUAUAUCAGCGUUGCCACCUGUCCACAGCAAAUGUUUCACAGCAGUAAACAAAAAUGAAGUGCUGCUCUGUAUUGAACUGCAAUUAUACAAGCCAAAAGGAUGGGAAAUUAAUAAGUUUCUUCGCUUUACCGAAGAACAACAAACUUGCCAGAAAGUGGCUCGAAUUCUGUGGCAAUCCAAAGCUCAAAUAUAGCAAGGGCAUAUUCGUUUGCUCCGAACACUUUAGGCCCGAAGAUAUUGGCGGCGCCAGAAGAUUCGAAAGGGGCAUGUGCAGGGGGCGAUUAAGACCAGGUGCAAUACCCUGCAUUUUAAAUUUAGACGGUGAAACAACAAAAAAUCGAACAGAACAGUCCAACAACAAAAGCAUAGAGGACGAUCUUUUAGGAAGCUUGAAUAUAAAAACAGAAAUAUCUGUAUCGGAAAACAAUGAGGACGAAGCAACCAGAGGAUUGGAAAAUUUGCAGAAAGUGAUCAAAACUGAAGUUAACCUUAAGAAAUUGGAUGAUCUUCUGGAUAGAGAAAGCUCCGAGGCUGUCAUUGACGAGCUAAUUAAUGAAAUCAAGGACUUACGUUUGGAAAAUAUGCGCUUAAAAGUCAAUUUACAGUUGGAGCAUAAAAAAUACAAAGCUGAAAUUAAAAAACUAAAUGAAGAACUUGAAGACGCCAAAUCGCAAAUAUUUCAACAACAAUAUAUGAAAUGAAGAAACUGCAGCUAUUCGCCAGUCAAAGGAAAAGUGAUAAAGAGAAAUCUAAGUGAUAGACAGUUGUUUUAUGUCUCUUUUGUUUAUUUUAUUAUGCCUACCACUUUCUAUAUAUAUAAUCGAAAUCUAAAUGCCGCAAUUAUCAACAUAAAUAUUUGAUAGGAAAAUCCUUCACUAAAAUAUAUUUAAAAGCCAUGAACCUGUGUGAAAUGUCGUAGCCAAAUGCCUUUCUACGUUAGAAAUGUAAGAUUUAUGCCUAAUGAAAAAACCCUAAUAAUACUUAUGAUUUUUAAUCAAUUUAAGAUAUAUCCAUUUAUGUAAUAUAUACAAAUUAUAGUUUUAUAUCCUGAAAACAUUCUUAUUAAUGCUGCGCCUCAAAUACAUAAUAUAUAAGCCCUAAUCCGAACUGGAUCAAUAGUUAUU